UAUUAAUCUCAGCGUAAAGCCAAAGUUCACAGACUAGAUUAAGUAAUCGAUCACAACAACGAAGAUUAGGAACGAACUCUCUACUCGUACAUAAUUACUCCCUUGGGAUAUUGCAGCGCGGUGCUGACACGCUAAGUAUUUAUUGUUCAAUUGUUUUCAUAACACGAAAACCCCAGACCUCUCAACCUUAAUUUCAACCCCAACUUCUCUUCGUCUCACUUAAUAUCAAUCCCCGGGCUUUUCACAUACACAUAAUGGCCCAUCCAAAUGCCGCAGUGCAGAUUACAACCGCCUCUGGCGUCAAAUAUGAACCCCGAACAACCACAGUCCUAGCAUCCGCGUUCUCCGCCGACCCCGUCAUGGCCUAUUUCCUAAACAGCAUUCCCCGCGGUCCCGCCAGAAGCGCUGCACUACACAAACUCUUCCAUUGCAUGUUCAGCGCCGCUACGCUCAAAGACGCUAUUUUCUAUGAAUCUUCCUACCCAAAUCUGACUCCCGCAAAUCAGGCUAGUCCUAAUACGGAGCUAGUCCAAGAACCCGGAUUUCAAUCCGCAGCAGUGAUAAUGCUACCGGGGCAAAAAGUCGACGAUCUCAACCUUUUGGCCUGGCUCUCGUUAAUCAAGGCAGGGAUUUUGGGAUUAAUUUGGACGGCUGGCUUGACACGGUUCCGGCGGGUAUUGUUUGAGUAUCCCGCCUUAGCUGAUGGUGUCAAGAAAACCACGUUCAAUAAGCACGAAAAGUGGUACUACAUCCUCAUGAUUGGCACCGAGGAAUCGCACCGUGGAAAAGGACUCUGUCCGGCGUUAAUCAGGGACCUGCAGAAGAAGGCGAGUGGGGAGGGAUUGCCAAUUUGGUUGGAGGCUACGAGUGCCGGUUCGAGGGAUGUUUAUAAGAAAGUAGGGUUUCAGCUUGUUGAGGAGGGAGGGCCAUUUAUAUUAGGAAAGGGUGUGGCGGAUGCGGCGGGAGAGGUUGCAACGGGGGAGAGUGCAGUGGGUGUGGAGAUUUGGGCAAUGGUUUGGUAUCCUGAAGGGUAUGUGAAGCCGGGAAACGGGAGGACAGAAUGAGGUGUUGAGCACCAUUGCUCCUCAGCGGAAUUAUAAUACGUGACCAACUGUAUUUCAACUUUAUUUCAGCUUUAUUAAUUGGAAAUGCGUUAAAUUAUAG